UCCCUCCCGGAAAGAAAAAACUCCUAAAAAAAUACCUGAAGAAAUACUCAUAAAUGCAAUUUUGAGUUGAAUUUUAUUUCUAUCAUCAUAAAUCACCACAAGAACAUGAUUUUAAUCAGAGUAGAUCUUUAAAAAUAGCAUCACCUUAAUCCAUAUCACUUAUUCAAGCCCUUAAAAAAACGCAAGUAUUUGCUGAUAAAGUGGAUUGAAGUUGUUGAAUAACUCGGCUUUUUUACGGCUCUGUCAGUUAUUGACAUGGAAGCUCCGAGUGUUUUAUCAUCCACCAACACCUCUGUCAUUCUGUGCAAUCACAAACCGAGAGACGGUCGGCGACAUGGCAGCAAAAAAAUGCAGAUGGAUAUUUUUCCUUCAGGUUCUUCUCUGCGGGUCUUCCUUCUGCCUGCCCACCCCAAAGAUUCCAGAUUUUGACGUGGACGGCGGGCGAGAUCGUGAUAUUUUCGACAUCAACGAGGAAGCCGGACUGAAUCUUGUAGAGGGAGACAUUGUGCUUCAUGGGAAGCAAACCAGGAAUUCUAUUAUCGGAGAUGAGUACAAGUGGCCAAGGACGAUUCCGUACUACAUGGAGGACGAUUUAGAGAUCAAUGCAAAAGGUGUGAUCCUUAAGGCUUUUGAGCAAUACCGCCUUAAGUCCUGCAUCGACUUCAAACCGUGGAGUGGAGAAGAAAAUUACAUCUCCAUCUUUAAAGGGAAUGGCUGUUUCUCGUCUGUUGGGAAUCGCCGAGUUGGGAAGCAGAGAUUAUCCAUAGGAACAAACUGUGACCGCAUUGCCACCAUUGAACACGAGUUCCUCCACGCGUUGGGUUUUUGGCACGAGCAGUCCAGAUCGGACCGGGAUGACUACGUCCACAUCAUGUGGGACCGCAUCUUAGAUGGAAGAGAACACAACUUUAACACCUACAAUGACACCACCUCCAGCUCUUUGGGGGUCCCGUACGACUACGGCUCCAUGAUGCACUACAGCAAAAACGCUUUUCGCAACGGUUCUGAGCCCACCAUCGUCACCAAGAUCCCCGCUUUUAGCGACGUGAUAGGCCAGCGGAUGGAGUUCAGUGACAGCGACCUGCUCAAGCUGCACCGCUUCUACAACUGCACGCAAGGCUCCACCUUCCUGGACUCGUGCGACUUUGAACGAGAGAACAUUUGCGGAAUGGUUCAGGGACACGAGGAUAAAGCCGACUGGGUCCGAGUUAUCAGUGCCGCCGGCGGCCCAGACAUGGACUACACCAACAACGGCAAAUGUGUUGGCUCUGGAUACUUCAUGCACUUCAACACUGGUGCUGCCAACACUGGAGACAAAGCUAUCCUGGAGAGCAGGAUCGUAUACCCUAAAAGAGGAUUCCAGUGUUUGCAGUUCUUCUACUACAAUAGCGCCGGUCCCAGCGACACGCUCAAGAUCCACGUCAGGGAGUUCGACGAAACCAACCCUAAUGGAACUCUGCGCUUCAUAACCACCAUAGACGGUCCUCCUCAGGAGCUGUGGCAACUUCACCACGUGAGUCUGGACGUCAAAACCAAAUUCCGUGUCGUCUUCGAGGGGACGAAGGUCGGUUCUGGCUCUGCAGCCGGGGGGCUGUCCCUGGAUGACAUCAACCUCUCGGAGACUUCCUGUCCAGAGUUUAUUUGGCGAGUGAAGAACUUUAGUCACCUUAUGGAAAACACCCCAACUAACGAAUCCAUCUUCAGCCCGCCAUUCACUUCAAAAGAAGGGUACACCUUUCAAAUGCAGCUGUACCCCAACGGCGUGGAGGGCUACCCCAACGAGCUGUCCGCCUACUCCCAUCUAGUAGCCCGAGAUGGGGACACGGGUCAGACAUGGCCGAGUCCUUGGAAACAAAUGACUAUGAUGCUCAUGGAUCAGCACCCCCACAUCCAGAAGAGAAUGUCCAACCAGCGCAGUGUCACUACGGACCCCACCAUGAAAGUAACAGACUCGGACCUGUUUUUCUGGGACGAUCCUCGGAAGGUUGGUGUGGAGGUCACAGACACGGACGGAUCCAAAUACUUCCGAGGUCCGGGUGCUGGUACCGCCGUGUACCUCACCCACCUGAGAGCCAGGAGCAGAGAUUUUAUAAAGGGAGGAGACGCCAUCUUUCUUCUCACCAUGGAGGAUGUGUCUCACCUCACAGAGUCGCAGCCUUUGCCUCCCACAACCUCCAAACCGGACACCACCUCACCGUCCACGACAGCUGCAACCAUUGACCCGUCUGUCUGCAACAAUGUGGAGUGUCAGAACGGAGGAGUCUGUGUCAUUGAUGCAGGCAGGCCUGCAUGCAGGUGUGUGGUGGGGAAGGACUGGUGGUAUUAUGGGGAAAACUGUCAGCACAGAGGUUCGACCCAGGAUAAAACCACCCUGGCACUGGCCUCCUCUCUGUCUGUGCUGGCCGCCAUGUCGAUCAUCACAGCCGUGAGCGUCGUCUGCAUGAAGAAGAAAUACAAGAAGCGCAUCAAGGACAGCAGCCUCGUCAUGGGGAACGUGUCAAAUGUCAGACUUUAAGGUGACACAUCAACAGAAAAGCUGUAGAAGAGCGCCAUCUGCUGGACAAUCCAUGAAUAAAAAUAUAAUUGAAAAAGAUUCAGAUUCUCUGAAAUAACUCACAGAAAACACGACUUAUUUACACAAAUUUAAAAUUUAUUAUAAAGACAGAAACAUCUGUGGUCUUUUCUCCAAAUAGAUAUAGUUGUUUGUAUUACUGACUUGGACACAGUCAUGCCGGUGAUAACAGUUACUGCAGGAGGGAGGUGGGGGGUAAUAAAACCUGUGAGAAUCAGUGUGUUUUCUAUGUGUGCAUGCAGGGAUCUAUUAGUGUUGACGACGGGACGUCCCGACAAACCUCCUCACCGAUCCGUUUCUGCUUAGAUGUGUUUGUGAGAUGUAGUAGCUGUCAGGUAAAAAAAACAAACAAAAAAAAAACAAUUCAUCCUCCCCACAACAAAACUUUCACCGACAUAUGCAGUAUACAACAUUUCUCUUAUUUACAAUCAUUAAAAAAAGCCAUUUCUCUCAGAGAAGAUUAGUAAAAAAGUGACUGAGUCACCGUAAAGAGUAUGCAACUCCUAGGAGUUAGUAUUGCAAAUUUCUACAAAGAAUUUCUAUUUCGUUUGUACAGGCCAGGGGCCAUGAUUCACUGAAGAAAUUUUUUAAAGUGCCCUAUCUACAACAGUUAGGUGUGUUUUAAUGGUGUACCGUUCAACAUAGUUCACUGAUAAUAUAAGGAUUAAACGUCUCCGUCUGCCUUUACAUCAAAAGAUAUGGUAAGUUUUUACAAAACAAAAUGAAAAAA